UUAGAUAUUAAAUUAUUAUGACCUCUAAAAGAUUUAUGUUAAAAUUAUAUGAUAAAUUCACCCAUGCCACUCAGCAAGCAUUCAGUCGCAAAUAUCUGCUUUACACGAACUUGUUUCUAUCCACUUCUAUCUCGGUGGUGGGAGACUCGCUGGAGCAGCAGUAUGAGCUGCACCAGGGAGACAUUGAAGCUUUUGAUGGCAAAAGAACAGCCCAUAUGGGAUUCUCUGGCUUCACAGCGGGCAUCAUUUGCCACAACUGGUAUAUUUACUUAGACAAAAUCAUUACUGGCAGGACCUUUGGCAUGCUGAUGAAGAAACUAUUGUUAGACCAAUUUAUUUGUUCACCGGUUGUGAUAUUGUCCUUCUUUGCAACUGUGGCCAUAUUUGAAGAAAGCCCUUGGAAAAACUUUAAUGAUGAAGUCAAAGACAAGUUCUUGACACUGUAUGUAGCUGAGUGGACAGUGUGGCCCCCAGCACAGUUGAUAAACUUCUAUUUCUUACCUACAAAGUUCAGAGUUAUUUAUGACAACACUAUAUCUCUUGGGUAUGAUAUUUACACAUCCAGAGUGAAACACAGCAGUCGGUAUAAUGAAGCCAUAUCAGCCAUUAAAGAACAUGAACAUGGGGACCACAUAAAUAAGUCUGAAACCAAAGAGUAAAGAAAAUUACAUGCUUUAAUUUUAAUAAGACUUCAUUGUGAAACCUAAAUAAUUGUGUAUGGAAAGGCUGUGAUUUAUUUUUUAUUGCUUGUAAUCAAUAAAGUAACUUAUUCCAUGACACUGAUUGUUUGAUUGUAGCUAGAAGAAG